UAUUGUGUAAUUUUAUAGAUUUUAGAUAAUCUAAGUUACUCGAAUAUUAAUUUCAAAUUUCUGAAUUCUCUGGUACAUAUCUUGCAAAGCUCUAUGCAAUAUCCGUGCCACCAGACCCUAUGACGUGAAAGGCAUUGGUGAAAGGUUAGGCGUACGUACUUUGGUCAACUUAAAAGAUUCGUACGCACGCUGACUGUCACACAUGCUUUAAUAAUCCAUAAAAAGCUACUUCAUUACAGAGUCCUCCGCUUUGUCUAUCGGACAGAAGUAGAAACCGAUCUAGCUUUCAAGAGACAGUGGAGAGUGAGAUUCGAGAAAAUAUGAGCAACCCUAGUAGCUUCACUAAGUCUCUGUCUCUAGGACAAAACUGGAAAUCUAAAUCCAUGAGGAUUAUUCCGGAAGAGCUUGUGAGAAGCAAUGGUGAGGCUUUUGAACACAGGGUGGUGUUUAAUGUUCGCUGGAACAAUUCCUGGCAACUAUGGCUCCAGAAAGAAAGGCAUGGUCUGUUUAUGGUCGAAGAAGACUGGGAUGAGUUUGUGGAUGACAACCUUUUAGGUGCAGAUGACAUCUUGCUCUUCACACACCAAGACACCAUGUAUUUUGAAGUCAGAAUCUUCAAGAAAGAUGGGAAAGAGAUCACUUCAGUACCUCUUGAAGUUGAACCUGAGACUCAACCAUUUCACCAGGAGACAACCCCUGCCUCUGCCUCUGCAAGUGUUGGAACAAGUAGCCGAGCAAGAAAGGGUUUUGCUCAUGUCAAAAACCCUAAGCGAUACCUCUUAAAUCCCAGAAACCCUUACUUCCAGAAGAAGCUAACGAAGUCGAACACAGUUCUGUAUAUGACUACUUGGGUGAUUGAGGAGUAUGAGUUGGAGUUUAGUCCUCCUAAUACCCAUAUCUACUUCCUUCUUCCCGAUGGGGAAAAACUCAAUGGCUACACCAAGAACUACGGUGGUUCACAUGGUUUCCUUGGCUGGGCAGCUGUAUGUGAAAGGUACAACUUGAAAACGGGAGACACUGUGGUUUGUGAACUUGAACUCUCAGGACGUUUGGUUUCCGCUGUUAGAGUGCAUUUCGUCAAUGCAUGACGGAGUCAACUCUAUAGUCUCCUUGUUAGUCAAGUCUCUUAACAUUAGUAUUAACCAACUUAUUAUUGUAAUGCUAGUUGUGGUCUCUAAUGUUGGUUUAACCAAUUUGUAACACUAAAUGUGAU